AUGACGCUCAAUUUCGCUCCUAACGUCACAGCCCAACAGCUGGCCGACAUCCUUCCAAACGGUGUCGCCAUUCUCAACUAUCGAUAUGAACUGAUCUCUAUCAACCGCCGAUUUCGAAGGCUGGUACCAUGCGCGAGCGCGAACUUCUCCGAAUGCUGGCUGAAAUCGGUCCACUCGGACGACUAUGAAAGGGUGACUGCUGAAUUUCAGGAAGGUGCAUCAUCUAAACAACCCCUGCGGAUCGAAUAUCAUAGCCAUAACCCGGAGUCGAUGUGGUGUGUCAUGACAUUAGAACCGUUGAACAAGGAAGACGUCAAGUGCUUCGGUCGCCGUGGAGAUACACUCUUCAUCUGUACCAUCGCGGAUAUCACACCGGAGAAGAAGGCAGAGCUGAUGCAAAGGCAGGCUGCAAGGGAGGCACAAGAUCGGAAGAAGCAACAAGAACGGUUCAUUGAUAUAAUCAGUCACGAAAUUCGGAAUCCCCUCUCCGCUAUACUCCAUUGUACAGAAGACAUCCAGGAAGCGAUUUAUAAUACCAAGCGGGAAGAUAUUUCACUACCUACCAUCACUGAAGCGGUCGAGACUAUCAGUCUCUGCAUCACGCAUCAAAAGAAGAUCGUGAAUGAUGUUCUCACCUUUUCCAAACUCGACGCCUCCAUGCUUUCUUUAAACCCCCACAAGGUUCAACCGAAACGACACCUAACCACUCCGCUCUCCAUGUUUCGACCCGAGCUUCGAAAACAGCGGAUUAAAUUCGAAUACGAAGUCGACGUCUCGUAUGGCAACUGCGGCAUUGAUUGGGUCAUGGCAGACCUUGACCGCAUGGGUCAAGUGCUCAUCAACAUCCUUUCAAAUGCCAUCAAGUUUACCGCCAGAUCCGGAAAUGAGCGAUUGCUACGAGUGUCAAUGGGAGCUUCCAUCGAGCGUCCUUCUUCUUAUCCUCCAAACAUCGUUUUCUUUGAUUCGGGAGAAGCAGGGCUCCGCAAAGACGCAACGAACACAUCCGAAUGGGGAGGCGGCGAAUCUGUAUAUAUCAUGGUUGCCGUUAAAGAUUCCGGUAUUGGCAUCAGUGACCAAGCUCAAAAACGACUGUUUGAGCGGUUCAAUCAGGCCACCCCCAGAACUGAAAGUAUCUACGGUGGCUCCGGUCUCGGCCUCAAUGUUUGCCGGCAGCUCUGCCAUCUACACGGAGGCGAGAUCGGCGUGAGUUCGAGAGAAGCACGAGGAAGUACUUUCGGCUUCUUUUUCAAGGCGCGUCGGACACCCCACGCCCCCGAUGAAGGCCACGACACUUCUAACGCUUUUGCGCUCGACCAACUAUCUUCUGAUAUUCAAAUGCUCGGGAAUGAAAUGAACGGAGUCAACGAAUCCACGGAUGAACCUGAUAUUCCUGAAAAUCCCCCCGUCGCCAAUGUUGCAGAAGUCGAAGUGGGUGCACCUGACGACAAGCGAACGUCACACACACAACGCAUUGCGCGGGAGGUAUCCGAUGGUCAGCUUAAUCGCGAGCAUGACAAGUCGCCAGUCAGUCUGGAUUUGGAAAAUGGAGGUUCUGGUGAGCGAGUUCUUCUUGUCGAGGACAACUUCAUCAAUCGAAGAAUUAUCUCGCGCAAGCUGGGUGCGCGCGGAUUCGCUAUCACCGAAGCAUGCAAUGGUCAACAGGCUCUGGAAAUGAGUCGAAAUACUUCAUUUGACUGUAUUCUCAUGGAUCAGCAGAUGCCUAUUAUGGAUGGUAACGCAGCAACGAAAGCCAUUCGGGAAAUUGAAGAAGAGACUGGGGGGCAUGUGCCCGUUUUGGGCGUGACGGCCAAUGCGAGAGAGGCACAACAAGAGGAAAUGAUGAGCGCUGGCAUGGAUGACAUCAUUCAUAAGCCUUACGGCACUCAAGAGCUUGUUCAGAAGAUCAAGCACUUGGUCAACCCGAAGACGAAAGAAUAA